GCGCUGCUCAGUCGAGCAACUCUAAAUAUACACGAAUAUACACAAGUAUACACGUCUGUAUACAAUUAUACAUAUUACGCGAGUGUGAUAGUUUGGAAGCUGUGAUAGUGUUUUGUGAAAGUUUUAGCUAAAGAUAAUAAGUAUUAACAAUGGACCCGCUACUGGUCGACGUAGUUCACUUCUACCCACAGGAGAAUGCUCAAACACACAAUACAAUCAAAUAUGAAUCAGUGAACGAAGAGAACCCCACAACCGCCAUCGUGCGGCGAGGCACUCCCUUCAAUGGAGUGGUGCGGUUCACCAGGCCCUUCGAUGAGGAGAACGACAUGAUCCAACUCCUGUUCACUCUUGGUGACAAGCCUCAGAUGGACACCCAAGGGUCUGUGUUCCUGAGACGUGACGCUGUCCACGACAAACACGCCUGGACUGCCAAGAUCCUGGAUGUGCAGGAGGGAACUGUGUCCUUUGAGGUGUCAACUCCAGUGACCCUGCCGAUCGGCAACUGGGCCCUUCGCGUCAUCACCAGGAUGAAGAACUCCACUGCCCGCGAGAUCUACGACUUCGACCAGGACCUGUACAUCCUGUUCAACCCGUGGAAUGCUGAUGACCAAACCUACAUGGAGGACUGCACCCUCCUCCAGGAGUAUGUCCUAAACGACGUCGGCAAGGUGUGGGUGGGCCCCAUCAAGACCACCAGAGGCAAGCCGUGGUUCUUCGGCCAGUUCGAUGCAGUGGUACUGCCAGCCUGCAUGUUUAUGCUGGACCGCGCUAAUAUGCCUUUCCACCAACGCGGCGACCCGGUAAAGAUGACCCGGGUCAUAUCCCGGAUCGUGAACUCCAACGACGACGCCGGGGUUUUGGUGGGGCGUUGGGACGGGCAGUACGAGGACGGGACAGCCCCGUCAGAGUGGACCGGGUCCGUGGAUAUACUGGCACAGUACUUGGAAACCCAGACGGAGGUGCCGUAUGGACAGUGCUGGGUGUUCGCCGGUGUUGUUACUACUGUUUGCCGCGCCCUCGGCAUCCCCUCCCGAGUGGUGUCAAACCUGGUGUCAGCCCACGACGCGAACAAAUCCCUGACAGUCGACAAGUACUACACGGAAACCAUGGAAGAGCUGGACUUCGACCCCAACAAUCCUUCUGGAGCUGACUCCAUCUGGAAUUACCACGUGUGGAACGAUGUAUGGAUGGCUAGGCCUGACCUUCCUCCAGGCUACGGCGGCUGGCAAGCCAUCGACGCGACGCCCCAAGAGACAUCAUCAGGAAUGUACCAGUGCGGGCCGGCGUCGCUUGAAGCCAUCAAGCAAGGAGUCAUCGGGGUGGGCUAUGACGUUGAGUUCAUGUUGGCGUCAGUUAACGCCGACCUGAUGCGGUGGAGACACGACCCUGAAGCUGAGACUGGCUACUCUAUGGUUGACUCCAAUAACUUCCACAUCGGCCGCAUGGUCCUCACCAAGAAGCCGUACAUCUUCGACCCCCUCGGCGACGAGGAUCGGGAGGACAUCACCGCUCAGUACAAGCACAGGGAGGGAACUGCUUCCGAGAGGCUCGCGCUCAUGAAUGGGGUCAGAUACUCGGAGAGGGCGAAGAGGUAUUACGCUGUGGCCAGUACCCUGAAGUCUGAUGUCAAGUUCAACCUCAGAGACAUCGACGCAGUGAUGAUCGGCAAGGAGUUCCGAGUGACGGUGGACGUCCAAAACGAUGCUGACGAGGGCCGCAACAUCAAAGCUUUGCUGACAGCCACCAGCGUGUUCUACAACGGAGUCAAAUCAGAUCUGAUCAAGAAAGUGGAGGGAAAGAUCUUCGUUGGACCACAGAAGAAGGAGCAGAUCAGCAUCUUAGUGACGGCAGACGACUACUUGCCCAAGCUGGUCGAAUACUGCAAUAUGAAGAUCUCGGCGAUGGCUAUUGUAGACGAGACCAAGCAGUCGUGGGCUGAUGAUGAUGACUUCCAAGUGCUGAAGCCUAACAUCACUAUUAAGUUCAACGACGACCUGAUCAUCGACCAGCCAGCCACCGCUGUCCUUUCGUUCCCGAACCCGCUGGAUCGUUCGCUGUCCGGGUGCGAGUUCCGCGUCACGUCGUCCGGGAUCGCCGGCCGGACGCUUAGGAUCGCGGCGUCCGACGUGGGGCCUAAGGGAGUCGUGUCCGCGGAGUUACCUGUACAGCCUAACAAACUCGGCAAGAUCAAUUUCGUAGCGACAUUCAAGUCUGUGGAACUAAAGGACAUCACUGGGGCUGCUAGCGUCGAGGUGUUCGAAGGAUAAACGACUCUAUGACAUAAGGAGGAGGGUGUAACUUGAGAUGCAUUCGCAAUUAUAUGGUAUUACCAGGCCUGUUCAUCUCCGCGAGUUUACAUCGAAAACAAAACACGCACGAUGGCCCACCUACAGGAUACUAUUCGACAAGGCCUCACAUACGAGCGAACAUUGACUCACGCACGCGUAUUCUUGUGUAUGAUGGAAGAAAAUAAAGAAAAUGGUGUACUAAAUACUGUGCAGUAUUUAACUGCCUAAAUAAUAAUAAAAACACAGAAUGUACUUUUUUAAGUUGCCUCAAGACACUGAGAGGUAAUAAGUGGUUAAUAUUAUUCAUGAUAAUUCAUGCUAAAUCAUGUAUUUCCUCCGCCAUUUUCCGCAGUUUGGCACCUCACGUCACAUCAUUUUACCGAAGUCAGCCCUAUAGCUUCGGCGCAGUGCCGAUCACUGACGUUUGUCAACAAAAUGGUGUUUGACUCUUGAGACAGGCUAAAUUACACCAUAUUGUUAAUGACAUUGAGCAUACAUUUUUUUAAAUACCUUCGCGAAGUAAAACUUCUGUACGUAGUACUUAUUAUUAUUCUGUGGUAUUACCAGUAUGGUAAAAAAAAUGUUACCAUUCUAGUUUUAAGAUCUAUUUUGUUGUAUUGAAAGUUGUAUUGAAUAACUUUACUACGUCACAAAAUAUUAUUUAGUGUUUUCUUAAGUAAGCAAACCAGUGACAAAAAGUAAAAUGUAAAAUUUAUUGUUUGUUAUAUUUUCAAUUUUGAAUCUCUUAAAAUUGUAUGUGCCAUAAAAUGGUGUUGUUAAUAUUAUAAGUUAAAAUCUAAGAUACAUAUUAUACAAAAUGUUUACAGUCAAAACUAAAUAUUAAGGUAGCUUUUAGGUCAUUAUGUUUAGAUAUUUUAUAUCUCCAGUAAUAAAUAUUUUAUACUUUUGAAA